CCACAGAGACACAGGCUGCAGAUGACCUUUCUCAAUGGUUCACAACUAAGGGGUGGGAGUAGAAAGAGCAGUGGUUGAAGAGAGGUCCAGGGAGAUCAGGAUUAUUGUCUUUUCCAAAGAACCAUGCCUUCUAAUUGAUAUGAAGUGGGGAAAUUAAGAGUAAAUGGAAAAGAGAUACGAUGGUCAAGACUUCACAGAGGAAGUGUCAUGAUUGGGUAAACCAAUCCAAACCAAAGCCUGAUUUAAGCAUCUCCAUCCCACUGAGGAUGUCCAAUAACAUUUUCAAGAGUCCAGUUACGAGAAUCACAUCCCACCCAGGCAAUGAGGUCAGAUAUCAUCAGUGGGAGGAAACCUUGGACAAGCCCCAACAAGUGUGCUGGCAGAAGAGACUUCAAGGACUCCAGGCCUGCAGCAGCACAGGACAACUCUUAAGUCCUUUUGAUCUUACCAAAGCCCUGCAAACACUUGUGCCUAGUUGCACAGGUGAGUCCCUGCCUGGUGUUCUCACAGGUGGUCCUCACGGCAGCUCCAUGUCCAACCCUGCCGGGACCGCCCAUGUGGCAGAGAUGAUUCCAGGAGCUGGUCUGGGUAUCCCACAGCUCCCCUGCAAACAAUUUCUGGUAACGGAGAAAGAUAUCAAGAAACAGGAAAGGAAAAUGAAGAUGGCAAGAGAGAGACUGGCGAGAGCGUUGAUUGCAGACAGACUCGCUAGUGAGACAGAGAAAGUGAGGGACCAAGAACAUCCUGAAAAACACUAGGGGG